UUGAUUUGGUGGUGGCGGCUAGACGUCAGCAGUGCGUGUUUAGUUUGAUUUGUUUGAAAUUCUUUUGUUUUUUACUUUUUUUGUAAAGACGACUUAAUUAUUACCGUUAUAUUAUUAACAUAAAAGAAAUAAAUAAUCCUGUGUUUACAUAUAUAAAAGGAAUAUUCCUUUUAAUCAUUAUUGUGUGUAGUGGUCACAAAAUAAAGUAAUAAUUAAUAAUGUUCAUUUUGUAACAAGACAUCUUGUUACAAAAUAAUUAACGUCACGUAUUAAGAAUGACGCUAACUAUGACAAAAAAAGUUAGCGAGGUUCAAGCAGAAACCGUGCAGUUUAUGUCAUUAGGAAAAGCUGAUGAUGAGCAUAGGCAAGAUGGGGAUUACAGUUCAGGCUCCACUCUUCUUCGACGAGGCAAGAAGCUGGAAGACAACAAUAAUUUAACCAAAGAAGACAUAGAAUAUGUGAAUUACCGCCAGUUGCUCAAGUAUGAACAGGCUCCAGAGUAUCUCCAGCACAACCCUUACAUAAGAGAUGGAUAUAGGAAGCUGCUCCCCACUAAACUAUGUUGGGAGAGUAUAUUCUGGUGGACUAACGAAACGAUGAACAUAUGGACUCACUUGUUCGGUUUCUUCCUGGUACUCGGCUUGACGAUCAACGAUCUGGUCAUCAUCAACAUCCACGCCACCUUCACAGACAAAGUGGUUGCUGCCAUUCUUCUCUCAUGUUUCAUGGUGUGCAUGGCGCUGUCAGCGCUGUACCACACGUUCUCAUGCCGCUCGGAAUGCGACUACAACACGUUCCUGAUGUACGACCUCUUCGGCAUCGCGCUGUCUCUUCUCGCCAUAUACACCUCUGGCGUGUAUUACGCGUUCUGGUGCCACCAUGAGCUAAAGGCGUUCUACAUGGUAUCCGUAACGCUGAUCUUCGUGGUGGCGAUGGCGCUGCAGAUCCCGCGGCUGAACGUGCCGUACCUCGUGAAGAUGUGCGUGUUCAUCGGCUGGGCGGCCUACGGAGUGCUGCCCACGCUGCAUUGGUGCUACGCCAUGGGCGGCUUCGAGAACCCCAUGGUGCAGAUGUUCUUUCCUCGAGUGAUAAUGAUGUACAUUAUAAGCGGAACUGCAUUCAUCAUUUACGCAUUUAAGAUCCCGGAGCGCUGGUUCCCGGGCCGCGUGGACUACAUCGGGCACUCGCACCAGUGGUGGCACGUGCUCGUCAUGGCCGCGCUCUACUACUGGCACAACUCCGGCAUGAUGUACGUGCAGUACCGCAUGAACCACGGCUGCGCCAACACCAUGCGCAUAUUCUGAACAUUGCAUUACACCUACACCUACUCCUACACACACUACACUACACGAAGGAAAAUUUACUAUUAGAGAGAUGGUCAUCAUAUGCUCUCUUUAUCUCUCUCUCUCUCUCUCUCUCUCUCUCUCUCUCUCUCUCUCUGCUAGUUUCACAGUCGUAGAAAAUGAAUAGUAAGCACUUACAUAAUUCUUAUGAAAAUAUAUGGCGCGGCCGGUAUUUUAGGUAUUUAUUUAUUGUGUGGGCUGUGUUCUUAUUAUAAUCCGAUCACAGAGCAUAAACACAUGUAUUUGUAAGUCUUGAUACGACUCGGCAGUUAAUUUAAACAUAAAUAUGCCAUAAAUGGAUGAAAUGUAUCUAGCUUUUAACCUUCUGCAUCUCCGACUCUUGGUCAUUAGAUAUGCAGAUAAAUUCUAGACGACAUCCUUAAUAAAAAUACAUGGAAACCAUAAUAAUUUUUCAUGUAAAUCGCGUUUGGUGAAUUUAGAGUCCAUGGUAAUUGCUUUUACAUCCAUGUACAUUCGUAUUCCAACAAAUUGUUUAUAUAAAAUCUAUCUGCAAUUAGUGCUUUUUAGAUGAUGUUCCGACGUGAUUACCGCCGACGCAGUCUGAUGAACCCUUUACGGUAUAUACUAUAGGUUGUCUUUGAAUUCUUAGAUCAUUUUCUAGCUUACUAAUAUAUAUUUUAAUUUACUUGUACCUACCUAAGUUCAAGUAAGGUAAGGUAAGGUAAAUCGUAUUAUGAGGGCGAUAUUCUCGGUAAAAUAGAAAUUAAAUUAAAUGCUCAAGUAAAUAUCUUUAGCAUUCCAUUGGAUAUCCGUGAGGAAAAUCCCGUGAAUUUGUGAUUUUAAGUGUACUUAAAAGUUAUAACACGUAAGUGUGUACAGGUGCUAUUAUAAUUUGAUUUGAUUGGUAUGAAUCUUACGAGAAAAAAAUAAAUGUUUUCUCAGAAAUCCUUAUGUAAUAUGUCGACAUGCCUGUCGUCCUUUUGAUCUUCUUUACUGUAUGUUUUGAUUAUCUGUGAUUGCUGUUUUGGUAUUAUUUAUUUUUUAGUAGGCAAUUAUUGUUAUUUUGGAAUGGGGUUAUUAUUAAUUAAUUUAUAGAUACUUAAUAAAAUAUACACAAUG